CAAUACAGCGAGAAGCAUGCAGCAGAAAACCAUGGAGCAAUAAACUAUGAGAAAACAGAGAAUGGUUGAAAAGUACAUCAAAAAACCUCUGACAAUGUGUGAUUUUCAUCUCCCUGAGUGAGAGAGUAGAAAAGGAUAUCCACCAUCCCGUCUACUGACCUACUUGGUAAAAGAAGUUUUCUAGAGGAGGGUAAUAAUGUGCAAAGAAUCCAACCUUCUACAGAAGCUGAUGACACUAUGCAGUCACCAUGGUUAUAUCUAUCAGUCAGCUGACCUGAUGAAGUCAGGGGUCAAAGGUUGUUAUGACUAUGGACCAAUGGGAUCAGCAUUGAGAAGAAACAUCCUGAAUGAGUGGUGGACGAGUGUCGUGUUAUCUCAAGAGAGUAUGUUUGGAGUAGAGAGCUCUCAACUACAGACAACACACGAUACGAACAGCGCAAAUAAUCUAGCGGUUGAGUUCACCAGAAGCCCUCUCCAUGAUCCUACUAAUCAAGAUACAAGACUGCAAGAGACGCCUAAUGAUGAGUUAAGAACAUCGGCCAAGAUGGAGGAGAAGGUUGACUGUGUGCUCAGGAAUGCCUUACAUCAGGGAACCUUCUCUCAUUACUACAACACGCUACGACUAAACAAUGGCAGACUACCGUUUGGUUUAGCUCAACUUGGUCGAUGCUUCAGGAGAAUCCAUCAGUCAGAAGACACGAACCGUCCAGAUGAGAACAAGUUUAUAUUUGAUUUACCAGAGUUCACCCAGAUGACAGCUCAGUUCUAUUGCUCACCAAAGACGGCAGAUCGUUGCAUGAUUGAUUGGCAGAGAGACAGGUUGCAGUGGUGGAGAAAGUUUUCAGGGGCUCCGUCCAGUUUUCAGAUGUCUGAAACAAAACAGUCCGACACUUUACGCACAACUGACAUCCAGUUUCAUUUCCCAUGGGGAGUAGAUACGAUAGAGAGAAUAUCUAACAGAGGGGGUGGUGACCUGGAACAGCUUCAACAUGAAACAGGAGAAGAUUUACAAGGUCGUGACGGGAGGAAGAUGGUCUUGCCUCAUGUGAUUGAGAUGGUUGGUGGAUUAGAGAGAGGAAUGAUGGCCUUAUUGCUAGAUGCUUUCCAAGAGAAAGAAAAGAGAGAUGAUCUUAAAAGGAUUUUGAGACUACACGUUAAACUUGCUCCAGUCAAGGCAGCAGUUUUACCCAUCAGAGGUACCAAGGAGCUAACAGAGCUCUGUGAGUAUCUUGCCAGGGAAUUGAGGAAAAAGAGUAUUUCUUGUCACCGAGUCGGUGAAGUCAGUCCCGUUAUCAGUCAACAUCUAACAAGAUUUGAUGAGAUGGGAGUGCCGUUUGUUAUCCUUCUUAACGAGAACACCUUAAAGACAGGAGUGGUUCGAUUGAGGUAUAGAGAUACAUCAGUAAUGCAACAAUUACAUAUCACUGAGGUCAAAGAAUGCAUAGAGCGCCAUCUAGAGGCUGAAUGAAGACAGUUAAAGAAAACCAACAAACUCCAUCAAUGAUAGCCUGAACAUCUGACGUAACACUUCAAGGCUCGUGAAUAAUGCCAGAGAGUGGCCUCUAGUGAAGGUCAAUCCCCGUCCAUCUUCACCUUUUACCUACAUUCAUACGCAGACGAUUGAAAGUGCAGCUGCCGAAUGUCACCUCGGACCUAUCAAAACACAGAUGUAGAAAGCUAACGUCACUGCACGUUUUUUAACCAAUUAAAUGAUUGUAUCCAUCUGAAAAGCAAGUACUGCCGGGUACCUGUCUUUAUCCUUGCAGAUAAAGACAGGGGACCAGUCUACAUCAGACAGGGGACCAGUCUACAUCGAUGAGUAUUUGUAAA